AUGCGGCCCCAGUUUGGAGGAGACAUUAACGUCGGUGAAAUUGGUGAAUAUGAGAUGAUAGGACUUGAAGUUGAUGAAGCUGUUAUCGAUGUGACUGAUGAGAACAUGUCUCCUGGUGGCACGAUGGUGCAUGGUAAUGACGACGAUGAGGAGGGGAUCUGUUGGACUGGUUUGACGGCAUUAGGUGAAGCAGUUACCUGCCGAAAGAACUUAUCUAUGACUAUUUUGAGCUUAUUGCAACAAGAUGGUGCUUAUGACUUGUUGAAGCCCAUUGCUAUCGUGACACAUAAUGAACUUAAACGAAUGUUGAAGAAGGGUUGCUUCCUUAUUUUGAAACGUCUUCUCUCGCGAAAUGCCAAAGGUGGUACAGAAGAGGCUAAUCUUCCAAUGAAUGACCGUCUCUUUAAUGCAGAAACUAGUGAAGAAUUUUUUUUAAAUGAGAACUAUCAAGUUGUCCUAGAGAUGGUGUUUUCCGCACCUUAA